AUGCCGAGCGUAUCGAUGGCCGAGCCCAUCGUACCCAACUAUCCCCAAGAGGCGCUUGGCCGGGACGAAUUCUGGCGUCAAAUCCCAAUGUGGAAGGAUGUCUCGACACAGCAAUUCCUCUCUUGGGAUUGGAGUAGGAAAAAUGUCAUCGAAUUUCACAAAAGAACAAACCCGGAUUCGUUCAGAACACUACUCGCAGGAUUACUCCCUGACUCCGUACCGCUGGACAGGAAGACCGGGAUGAUCCAGAGCCGCGAUGAGUUUAUCGAGGAUGUGUUUGCCGGGCUGACCACUUCUACAAUGUCUUUGCGUAUAAUGCCUUAUGUCUUCAGCAGGAUCAACUGGAAAGAUCCUCGACACGACCCAAUCUUCCGCCAAUUCAUACCUCUUGGCUCCCAGAUGCUUCCAGAUCAUCCAGAAGUCAAACUAGAUUCGCUUCACGAGGAAUCGGACUCCCCGGUCAAUGGCUUAGUGCAUCGUUACCCGGACAAGGUCCUCUUCUUGGCAACCUCGGUUUGCCCAACUUACUGCUCGUUUUGCACUCGAUCCUAUGCAGUCGGGGCUGACACGGAGGAGCUCGAGAAAAAGGGACUCCUGAAGAUGACCCGAAAGCGCUGGGACGAGUGUCUUGCCUACAUCGCCAGCACCCCUGAGGUCCAAGACGUUGUCAUCUCGGGCGGCGACUCCUACUAUCUCGCCGCCAACCACAUCGUGGAGAUUGGCUACCGCCUGCUGGCGAUGCCAAACGUCAAGAAGAUCCGGUUUGCGUCCAAAGGGCUCGCUGUUUCUCCGACGCGAAUACUCGACCCCAACGACGAGUGGACCACUGCCAUCAUUGCCGUAAGCCGACAGGCAGAAAGGGUUGGCAAGAGAAUGGCCCUACAUACCCACUUCAAUCAUCCAAAUGAGAUCUCAUGGGUUACGGAGAUGGCCAGCCGCAGACUGCGGGACGCGGGCGUGACGGUCAGGAACCAGAGCGUCCUACUCCGCGGCGUCAACGACAAUGUCGAGACCAUGUCCAAGCUCGUCCGGACAUUGUCUGAUACUCUGCGAAUUGCUCCGUACUAUGUCUACCAGUGUGACAUGGUGCCCAAGGCAGAACACUUCCGGACGCCACUACAGACGAUACUCGAUAUCGAAGAGCAAAUGAGGGGGUCAAUUGCCGGGUUCGACAUGCCGACCUUUGUUGUCGAUCUCCCAGAAGGCGGCGGCAAGCGCCUUGCCCAAAGCCGGAAGUCAUAUGAUCGUGCCACCGGUGUGUCAACAUUCACCGCGCCGGCUGUCAAGGGCGAUACGAAGGAAAAUAAAGUGUACCGUUACUUUGAUCCACUGAACUCUCUGAUCAAGUAA